AUGGCUUCAAAACAGCAUACCUCUGGCAGCAUCCCCAAGGAGCCGGCCUUAAUUCCACCAAAUCAUGAAGACGCAGAUGAUUUGCAUACACUCGAAUCAAAAUCUUUCGGAGAGUUUUCGAUAGAUACCUGGGAUGACAUCCUCGACUACGUAGAGUCACCUAGCGAUCUAUACUCACUGGCUCUGACCUCCCGAACCCUUUAUAAUCUGGCGCUCCCCCAUCUCUACAAAGCAAUUUCUAUUCGUUCGCCGCACUUCGCACAUGAGGCUACAACCAACGAAAAGCUCAUCCCCAUCGACCACCUAUUACCAAUCUCUCCGUCCCCCGUCGACAUCCCAAAUAAAAUUGAAUUUGAACCACCGUCUGCGAAAAGACGCAGAAUCGAACCUCCCGGCGCUCAUCAUGAUCGUUGUGAGCCAUCUUCAACGAUGGCCAUGUAUCAAAAGCCGCAUCUUCUCCGUUACGUGAGGAAGCUAAGGGUUGAGAAAUGGGAAGCUCAGAGAGUAGUCUUCACCUCCGACCCUCUCCCUCGAUUUAAAAAGGGAUUCAAUGUGUAUGAGGCUGGGGAAUUUGGCCCCGAGGGAGUUAAAGACCUUGGUAUGAAGGCAUCAUUACUAGAUGCCCUGAAAAACAUGCCAAACUUAACUAGUUUGACAAUUAACUUUGAGGAUUGGGACCCUUUUGACCCUGGCAACUACGGUCCUAGCCAAGCCGUUGAAUCCAGCAGUGAAUACAAGCCCCAUCUACAUGGUCUGGUUGGUUUCAAGAAUCUGGAGGAACUUGUCGUAUUAGGAAUUAUGAUUGGAGACAGGUUAGACGAAAUAGAACGCGUCGUCAAAGAUUGUCUCCUCUCUAAUAAGCCUGGAAGGAGAUUGAAACGGAUAGAAAUGAGAGCCCAUACUGGAUGGUGGGACUUUUUAGAAAAUGAGCAAGUCCCAUUUGGUGCACCUGAACUUCUGUCCAGUGUCAGUGAUAUGUGGGAUACAUGUUUUCCACGUUCGGAAGAGUUCAGAAGGAGGGUCCGCAGGUUGGGUCUUGUGGACAUAAACGUCAUUCUCGAGUUUGGUCCAACAAAAUGGCAAUUUAACUAUGAUAAAACGAGCCCUUACCCCUACUGGGAGAACAUCACCGCCUUAGACUUACAAGGGCUCUGUACAACAUAUACCUUUGAAGCUAUCGAUAUAUUAGCAGAAAAAUUCAGGUUGCGUCAACCGCAACACUUAAAGGUUUUCGUGGUUGAAUGUGGGAUCGGUUAUUUAAACGAAUUCCUCGAUCAUUGUCGUGGGCUGAAAGAACUAUAUGUUCUUGAUCCUGAUAGAACGGACUCAUCAUCAAUAUCUGAUAGAAUCGAUAUUGGGGGCAUCCAUAAGGUUUUUGACACUAUAUCUAAGCGUCACUUACUUACACUUGAGGUUUUAGUAGUGGAAGAAGUCAUUUGCGCACCCCGAUCAGGCGGCACAAGUGAAGAUAUUAAUUCAAUUGAGGGGUGGAAAGAGCGUGGAGGGAAGUUGCGUGAACUCGCCGUUAAUGUCUGGGGUCCCUGGGAAGAAAUUAGUCAGUUUUUGUCAGCUUUCCAGAACUUGAAAGCAUUGCGCCUGUUUAGUCGCAGAUGCAAUAAAGAAAUCGCUGAAAGGAGUUUUCCAUGGCCAAUCUUCGGAUCAACUUUCGGCAUUCAUCUUGGCCACCUUUACGAUGUCCAGACUACUGCAGUUGCAGUAAUGGUAGCAAAUACCUGGGGGCGAGAUUUUAUAAGUGGAAAGGCCGGUAUGGGACCGUUGAUUCCCGAGGGACACAGAUGGAUCUGGAUUGGAGAUUGCACUCGUCCCUGGAAAUGGCACACUCACGAUACGGAAAAGUACGCUGGAUGGAUGGAUUUUGAGUCGCAACUGUGGUUCAAAUACUUCGAUCGCGAUAGUUCACGCGCCAAUUGGAGAGCAUGGGAGGAGGAGGUGAAGAUGUCGAAGGUCUUAAGGCAGGAUGGUAUCUUAAUACACAGCAGUGCGGAAUCUGAGGUGAGGUGGAAGGGAUGCUGUGACGGCUGCUCUGCAAGAUUGGACGACGCUUAA